AUGGCUGUGAACAAAUGUAUCAAGUACCUCCUCUUUGGUUUCAACCUGCUGCUCUGGAUGAGUGGAUGCAUCAUCCUCGGGGUCUCCAUCUACCUCAAAGUGAACCCUGUGUUCGGGGGGUUGUUACCGGGACUGAACCUCCUGAUAGCCGUCGGCACCAUCGUCACGGUGCUCGGCUUCCUGGGCUGCUUCGGAGCCAUCAGGGAAAGCCGCGUCAUGCUCAUGCUGUUCUUCGUCGGGCUGCUCCUCAUCUUUGUCCUCCUGGCGGUCGCUGGAAUCCUGGGAGCUGUCGGAGUGAAGAAGAUCGAGGAAUGGUUGGCGGAGAAGCUGCUACCGCUGAGGAACCAGUCGUCUUUGUUCCAGACGUUCAUGCAGAACCUGGAAGAGCGGGCAAAGUGUUGUGGACUGAUCCACGGACCUUCAGACUGGGGCUCGACGGUCCCCGCCUCCUGCGACUGCCAUGACACCACUCGGGAGUGUAAACUCGCAGAUGGACAGCGCAAAGUCUACUUGAGACCUUGUAUCAAGCUGGUGACGUCAGUCCUGGCGAAGGGUAUAUUCAUCACCAUGGGGAUUGCUUUUGGCAUCGCAGGCUUGAUGAUCUUUGGAAUGGCCUUCGCCAUGACCCUGUAUUGCCAGAUUGGGGAGACGUAUGCCACGUUAAGCUAG